CCGUGUAUUUUCAAACCGCGGCUGGCUUGACCGCAGUUCCAUACUGGUAAAUUGAUUAUUUAACGUACUCAAUUCUGUCUAUUUAGAAAUGUAGACGAAAUACGACAGGGUGUGGUGGCGUGGUUGAAGGUAUAAGAAAUACCAUUAGGUCAGCAAUAAAACAAUAGGAGUCUACAAAACUAAUAUGUAGCCUAUCUGCAUUCAAAACGCGUGCAGGCGGCGACAACAACCCAAAGCUUGUUCGUUUCCUCCCCGUUAAUAUUUAAUCGCGGGCGCGGCGGGGAUUGGAUCCGGGCGUGUGGGUCUGUUCCUGGGUGUCAGCAGUACACAAUCUGGGAGGGUUUGACACGAUCUGUUCCCGCCCUGAACGCGUUCACUCACUCACUCACUCACUCACUCACUCACUCACAGGACUGAUAUUCUGAAUCAAAGUAACACAGUAUCGCGCGAUCACUCUUGAUACUUUGUAACAUUCGGCGUUUAUUGUCGCGGCUGUUGUGAUACAUUGUAUCCGCUGAUGAUGGAGCGCUGGAAGGGGAGAGUCGCGCUGGUCACCGGAGCUUCUGUGGGGAUUGGAGCGGCUGUCGCCCGGGCUCUGGUCCAGCACGGCAUGAAGGUGGUCGGAUGCGCCAGGAGCGUAGACAAAAUCGAGAAGUUGGCAGCUGAGUGUCAGAGUGCAGGAUACAGCGGCACGUUGAUCCCGUAUAAGUGUGACCUGUGUAAUGAGGACGAGAUCUUGUCCAUGUUCUCGGCCAUUAAGACACUUCAUCAGGGAGUGGACGUGUGCAUCAACAACGCUGGUCUGGCCCACAAUGAACCUCUGCUUAGCGGACACACGGAAGGCUGGCGAAACAUGAUCGAUGUGAACAUUCUCGCUCUGGCCAUCUGCACACGAGAGGCUUAUCAGUCGAUGAAGGAGAGAGGUGUGGACGAUGGACACAUUAUCAAUAUCAACAGUAUGGGGGGUCACAGGAUGGUGCCCAGCGCUGAUGAACACUUUUAUUGUGCGACUAAAUACGCUGUGACUGCGCUGACAGAAGGCUUGAGACAGGAGCUACGAGAGGCCAAAACACACAUUCGAGCCUCGUGUAUAUCACCAGGAAUAGUGGAAACUGAAUUUGCCUUCCGGCAUCACAACAGUGAUCCAGAGAGAGCAGCAGCGGUUUAUGAGAGUAUAAAGUGUUUGAAAGCAGAAGACAUCGCCAGCGCUGUUAUAUAUGUCCUCAGCGCACCUCCUCAUGUUCAGAUCGGUGACGUCCAGAUGCGGCCGGUAGAGCAAGUGUCGUAGGACCAGAGCAGACCAUGAAGUCGCGCAGUGGGAGAGCAGGUUUAACCCGAGGGGAGACUGCGUCACCUGCUGGUGAACAUAUGUAUAACAAGAAACUGUGAUUGCAGGGAAUUGGUUUGGGAUUCAGAUUCGGAUCAAAUCUGAGAAUGUGCUGACCUGAAGGAACUGUCUGAGCUUCAGGGGAGGCAGAGGUGAGCCAGAUCGCCUCUGAAAUCCAUUCAAAUUUACAGAUCUUCACAAUCUGCUGCUGGUUCAAACAUAAGAGGAAUUUAUUUGAAGGAAAAUGCUGGAACAACAGAAAUGAUGUUAAAGCGUGUGUGGGUGACCACAUACACCAGACGAACACGCCAUACAUUGCAGAUGCUUUUUCUUUUAAUAGGCCUAGGUCAUAGUUCAUAUCUCUUUGAGAGUACGACACUAACAAGCGAUGUUGCUCAUGGCUGGUGAUGUUCAUUACUAUAUUUUUAUUAUUAUAACUUGAAUUCUGCGUAGAUGUGAUUGUCAUACUAUAACUAGCACUAAAUGGGUCGUGGUUUGUGUGUGGGUUGUGCUGUUUUUAACCGAUAACAUGCACAUCUGUUUGCCGCUGUCAAAUCUUCCGGGAACCUGAGAAUGUUUGAAAGGUAGAACACUGACUUUUUCAUAGGAAAAUGCGUCUUGAAACACUGUAUUGUGCACUUGAAAGAAAUAAUACUUGAUAUAAUCUGUUCUUACUGAUUAAACAUGGUGAUUAUUGUUAAUUAUGUUUUUUUUUUUGCUGUACUCUGCAUCCCAGAACAGCCCGAGACUUGAGUUCCUCACUUAUUUUCUAUUCAAAAGUCAUCAGGGUUUGUUUUUUAGGAAAACUAAAAUAACUUUAAUUUUACAAAUAAAUGCUGAAGUUCAAUUAUGUACAAUGCGUUAACGUGAAAUGUUUUAAUCUGUCCUGGUCAUAUUUUACCCCAAAAUCAUAACAGGAAAAUAAUUCAACCUAUUUUUAAAGAAAUAAGGAUUUGUUGCAUAAGCUUAUUAAUUACAGUAAUAAGAAUAUCAAUCAAAUAUAUUAAAAUUAAAAUGCCUUUAUGCAUAAAUCAAUCAGAGACUAAUCUGCUUAUGUGCACUACACUGUUUUAUUCUAAAAUAAUGUUUUAUUUGUUUCUUUUCAAUUGGGGGGGUCAAAUGUGACCUGAACAUGUUUUCGUGAGAUUCACACACUUGGACUUUGGUCAGGGUGUAAACGCGGAGUAAAGUCUGAAUCUGAAGGGACUGUAAAAUGUACCUCUCUGUUAUAAUGUAUAAAUCAACAUGGACUUUAGCCAAUGUUAACAGUAUUCGGUUUGUAUAUUUUCAGCAUGAAUUCAUUAUGACUUAGCAUGAACGUGAGCUUGAAAUGCUUAAACUGAAGAUAAGAACAAAAUAAGAAACAUUUCUAGUGUGUCGGGGGGGUGUAAAGUUCCAGGUUUGGACCCUGAGAGUGUCUUAUCUCAUGUUGGACUGUUGUUAAAUAAUCGCAACCUAAUAAAAGUUAAUACCUUAAGAUAAAAUAAUCAGCAGAUGAGAAUAAAAAUGUGACGGGCGAAAGAAAUGUCCAGUUUUCUGCUUUGACUGUACAACAGAAGACGUGUGAGAUGAUCGUUUGAUUUAAAUUGUUUUUAUUAAUAUCAACAUAAAGUCCCAAUAAAAUGUUCUGUCAAAUACA